AUGGACAACUCCUACUUGAUGGACUGGCAUGGAUAUAGCGGUGGUGACCAAUGCUACAGCUGCAGCCUCCUGACCAAUCCAAAGGCAAAGGCAAGGCGAAGCGAUGGCUUCGGGCCCACCAGCCGAGGGGCUUCGUUACCAGGCCGACAGCACCCUACGUCCACGACGCCUGGGCUCCGGGCCCGGCCGCCGCUGCACAAAGGCCGCGACUCCGCGUGGCCCAGCCCGCCUCGCGCGCUGCGCCCCGCCCCGAGCCCCGGCCUGCGGCCUCGCCCGGGAGGGGAGGAGAAAGGGAAGGGCGCAGCCUCUCCAGGCCGCAGCGCCCGCUACUCGCGGGGCGCCCCUCGCGCCCCGCACCUACCUGUGGCGCCCGCGACCUGCCCGAGCCGCCCGCAGCCCGACCACAGACGGCCGACCCUCACCGCACCGGCGCCGCCGCAACCCGCCAAGGCCCUCGCAAGCUCUCGGCUCUUGAGACCAGCUGCCGCGCGGACGAGCGGAGGGCGGGCCUUAUCAGCGCGCGACCAAUCCCGGCGCACGGCCACCGCGCAUUGGGGGAGCCGGGAGCGGGCUGAGGAGGCCGCCAAUCGGCGGCGCGAGGCGCGCGCGGCCCAAUUGCGAGGCGCGAUGGCGGACGCGUGGGCGGGACCAGGCGCCAGCCUAGAGGAGCUAACGACUGUGGCCCGGGCGGGGCUGGGCGCGCGGAGGGCUGCGGCCGCGUGGAGCGCCGGGAGAGAGACUUCCACUCAGCUGACAGCACCAUCCAGGAAAUAGCUGUUGACUACAAACUGCUCCAAAUGGCUGUGAGCCCUGGACAUGCUGAAAACUGAUGUGGACCAGUCCAGCCAAUGUGAUUGUUCCCUGUCUCUUCAGCUGGGUCAGCGAACCAGAUGCUUCUGAUGAAUGCCACCCACUGCCUGGACCCCCAGCCUUUGGUCUCCUGACAACAAUGUCCUAAUUUCUGCCGAGAAGCGGUGACAGAAGUAUGUCACUCCGUCUCCUCAAGGCUGGAAUGUUAGGUCUAAAGGAAACUGGAAGGGACCACACUUUGUUAUCUUGACCACCUCCACUUCUGUCAAAGUAGAUGUUAUCGGCACCAUCACGACAGGCCAAGUAUCAUCGCCUAUAAUAACCCAGCUGCAGAGAAAAGGCCCAUCACAAAGGCUUGAGAAGAUCCACUAAAGAUAAGACUGGUGCGGGUUGCAGACUAAUGAUGUUAUUUUGUCUGGCUAUGUUCCCCCCCCACAGUGCUCUUUCGUGGGAUAUAUGUCUAGAUCCUCCCGUAAGAGCAAAUGCAAAACUUGCCAUAAAUGUCUCACAGCUCCUGGUCACAUUUUGUCAGGUGAACAUCCCAUCAUUCUCCUCGCAGUUGAAACUGUUCAGUUUGUAUGUGAUGAUGGAUUAUGUCCCUGCUUAGUUAUCUGGCAUAUGCAUCAAGCCACAAGAUUUUGUAUCUUCGUAUUCCUAUUUCCCGGGACAGUCUGGCAGGGAGAGAGCACUUGUAUGUGCAAAUCUUUCCAGCCCCCAGAGGCAGAGAGAAAUGUGCAGUUCCUCUCCUCAUACCCCUCAGAGCAAGCUUAGGGUUGGGAACAGCUGGAGACCUCUCAAGGCAACAGGCACGGCAAUGGCCAUAAGACAGCUACAAAAACUUAGGCUGUCAAAUACCCAGGGUUUAUUUGCAUUAGAAGGGUCUAUUGCAAGAUUAGAAGACUGGGUUGGCUCAUUAGCUGAGGUAGUCUUACAGUAUUGUAGGGCACUUGUUCUGCUUUGUGCAGAACAAGGAGGUUACUGUAUGGUCUUUGGGGAAACUUGCUGCUUCUAUGAAAACCACUCAGGAAUUACCAUGAACUAAAAUGCAGGGAAGUGGCACAUGCCUUUAACCUCAGCACUCCAGAGACAGAAAUAGGUGGAUCUCUGUGAGGCCAGCCUGGUCUACAGCACGGGCUCCAGGACAGAGAACUAAAAAGCAAAAUUAGACUUUUAAAUGUUAAGGGUUGUUAAUAGUUAAUUUUUUUUUCUGCUUGUGGUGGUUUGAAAGAUGCAGAGUUUGGAGUUUGCCCAGCUUGGUUUGGGUUUUGCUUUGGUUCAGUAUUUCCUCAUUAUGCUUCCUUCCCUGCAUUUUGGAUUGGUAAUGCAUAUCCUGUGCCAUUAGAUGUUGGAAUCUAAUGAUCUGCAUUUUGAUUUUUUUACAGGGGAAUUACAGUUAAGAGAAAGCCAUGAGUCUCAGAAGAGACUUUGAAACAAGUUUGAGACUGUUAUAGACUAUGGGGACUUUUGAGAUUGAACUAAAUGUUUUUUUUUGUGUGUGUGUGUGUGUGUGUGUGGUAUGAUAUGGCUACAAGCCUUUGGGGACUAGGGGUGGAAUGUAGUGUUUGAAAGAAAAUUGCCUCCAAAGGAAGUGGCACUAUUAGGAGGAGUGGCCUUGUUGGAGUAGGUGUGUCACUGUGGGGGUGGGCUUUGAGGUCUCUUUUGCUCAAGCUUCCCUCGGUAGGAUAGUCAGUCAACUUCCUAUUGCCUGCAAGAUGUAAGACUCCCAGUUACUCCUGCAGCACCUUGUCUGGUUGCAUGCUGCCAUGCUGCUCACCAUGAUGACAAUGGACUGAAUUUAUGAUAAUAAUGAACCUGAAACUGUAAGCAAGCCCCCUCAAUUCAACAUUUUCCUUUUUAGGAGUUGCCAUGGUCAUGGUAUCUCUUCACAGCAAUAGAAACCCUAACUACAACACUGCUAAUUCUACUUUGGUCACCAAGCUUGUUUUGCACAAGAGGACUUUCAGCUUGUAGGAGAACAAAUUGUUCGUUGUCUUUAAAACCCCUAGACUGGUGCUGGAGAGAUGGCUCAGUGGUUAAGAGCAUUGCCUGCUCUUCCAAAGGUCCUGAGUUCAAUUCCCGGCAACCACAUGGUGGCUCACAACCAUCUGUAAUGAGGUCUGGUGCAGACAUACACACAGACAGAAUAUCGUAUACAUAAUAAAUAAAUAUUUUUAAAAAAAGAGCAUUGCCUGCUCUUCCAAAGGUCCUGAGUUCAAUUCCUGGCAACCACAUGGUGGCUCACAACCAUCUCUAAUGAGGUCUGGUGCCCUCUUCUGGCCUGCAGGAAUACACACAGACAGAAUAUGGUAUGUAUAAUAAAUAAAUAAUUUUUUUUUUUUAAAAAAAACGUUGACUGAGGUAGUUGGGCUGCAUUUAGGAAUUCUGAGUCCUGGAUGUAGAAUACCUGGUGCCAGUAACUGAGUAAAAGCCUCUUCUUUGUUAAAAUUUAUUAAUGAUUAGACUGGUGAAUCUCAGAAAGACCACAGGCCCACAAUAACUGAGCCAUCUCUGGAAUCCCCUAAGCCCCAAAAAAGAGACUUAAAAAAAAAAAAAAAACAAACAGCAGCAACCAGGCAUGUUGAUGCACACCUUUAAUUCCAGCACUUGGAAGGCGAAAGUAGGUGGGUGUUUCUGGCCACCUAGGCUAAAUAAUGAGACCCUGUCUUUUUAUUUUUUUGAGGCAGGGUUUCUCUAUAUAACAGUCCUGGCUGUCCUGGAACUCACUCUGUAGACCAGGCUGGCCUCAAACUCACAGAGAUUCAUCUGCCUCUGUCUCCUGAGUGCUGGGAUUAAAGGAAUGCACCACCACCACACCUGUCUUUAAAAACAAAACAAAACAAACAAACAAACAAAAAAAAAACCAAAGCAGAUGUCAACUCUGUCUCUAGGCAACAGACAACAACCUUGUAGUUUAGCAUCAUGGACAUAGGGUAUCUGACAUUGUUACAUUGUCAUAAAUAUAAUUUGAAUUCUAUAAUAAGUUGAUACAUUUGCAUUUAUAUGUUGCAUUGUCUAAUGAAAGAAAGACUUUCCUAGGUAAGAAAAAAAAUCUCUCCUUUUAAAGUAAAGGAUUUUUCCAAAACAGAAAACAAAAGGUGAAGCCAAAGGGGAUAUUAAAAUGGUGUGAAAUGGGGUGUAAAGGGACUGGAGAGACCUCUGUGUUUAAGAGGGCACACUGCUUUUGCAGAAAACUGCUUUCCACCUCCAGCUACACAUGUCUGACAGCUCACAAACACCUGUAACUCUAAGUCCAGGGAUCCAGCAGGUAACUCACACAGUCACACGCAUACAUAAGAAAAGAAAAGAAAUAUUUUUAAAAAGCAACUAGUUGGUUAGAUUUUAUUCAAAUGCAACUUUGUUUUCUCACUGGACUGAAGACUUCACAUAUUAGACAGCCACAAACUUAGUAUGGGGGAAAUUCUAUUAAAAAGAAUUAUUCCUAUUUGGGGGCAUUUCUACUAAAUUACAUAGUCACUAUAAAACUUAUCUUAGUGAAUAUUAAAUCUACUUAUAAAAUUUGGUCUGUUGUACUAGGUUUUCAUUAUACCUAUCCUCCCUCUACUCUGACAGUCAAACAAAUGGUACUAAUUGUCCAAACUAAAGGCAGGAAGGCUGGACAGAUGGCUUAGCAGUUAAGAGAACUGGUUGCUCUUGCAGAGGACUCUAGUUUGAUUCCCAGCACCCACAUAGCAGCUCACAAGUGUCUGUAAGUGUCUGUAACUUCAAUUCCAAAGGCUCCAGUUCCCUCUUCUGGACUCCCUGGGCAUCAAGCACCAUGUGGUACACAGGCAUUCAGGCUACACUCAUACAUAGAAAACUGUCCUGAACCAGAAACUCCCAUUGGUUCUAAAAUCACAACUUACCUCUUAAUUAAUUAGUUUGUGUUUUUUGAGACAGGGUUUCUCUAUAUUACUUUGGUGGCCCUAGAACCAGGCUGGCCUCAAACUAACAGAGAUCUGCCUGCCUCUGCCUUCUGAGUGCUGGGAUUAAAGUCACCACACCUGGACUACCUCUUAAUUUUUUUAACUUUGGUUUUUCGAGACCAGGUUUCUCUGUAGCUUUGCCUGUCCUGGAACUUGCUCUUGUAGACCAGGCUGGCCCCGAACUCACAGAGAUCCUCCCGCCUCUGCCUCCCGAGUGCUGGGAUUAAAGGCAUGCAUUACCACCGCCCAGCAAGACUUAUUUAUUUUAUGUGCACUGGGUGCUGGGAACUAAACCCAGGUCCUCUGCAAAAGUGACAAGUGUUCUUAACUGAGGAGCCAUCUCUCCCAGCCACACAAGAGAUGUUUGAACAUGGAAACUAAAAAUGCAAAGUUGGUUAAAGGGUCUUCACACAGUCUUCACACAGUGAGUGCUCAAGAAACAGAACAAAACGGACCAAAACUAAAAGCAAUGUAUUUUAUCAACUAGAAAAAGAC